CCACCUACCCUUUCCUUCCCAUUACUUUAUUGGAUAUCAUCUACAUUUCCCUUCUUUCUCUCACCCUCAAUCCAGGUUGUAUUUGAGCUGAAGAAGAAGGAAAUAGAGAAGGCGCGGUCGCAACUGGAGGGGGGUCGGGACAGAGGAGAAUCCAGGGACUCUUCGUUUGGCGCACUGUUUGGCAGCAAUGGGGACAGCGGAAUAGUGAGUGCCAGUCUGACCAGUGGGGCCGGGGGGGCUAUUGCUGACUUGCUAGACCUUCAAAGUGAACUGAGCUCCCUUCAGAAGGGGCUCUCGGAAAUCAGCCAGCAGCGUGCUCAACAGAACCAGAAGGUAUUGCUGGUGUGGCAACGCUGCAGGAGGCAUGGUAGAGAGAGGAGGAGGAGGGUGGUGGUGAUGAGGUGGUGGUGGUCACUUUCACCUCCUUGUGGGUACUCCUUUUGGGUAUUUUUUGACAUUCAGUCUAGAGUGCAUGUAAUUGCUUGCUUACUGCCAGAUAUCAGUGUACUAGGGAAAUAUGUUAACAAAUGCACUGCCAUGAUGGCAGCUCAUGUCAGUCAGUUGAGUUUGUCCAUGACAUGGACUUUAUGUCACUGGGAGACAGCGUAUUUCUCUGAGAUCCAUGCCAGGAGUCCUCAAAGGGAGAUCCCCUUGCAUCUCCCUGUCUUGUUAACCGACUCACCUCCCCUUCCAGAGACGGUUCUCUUUCGCUUUCAACCUCCUUUAACACCUCAAACUUUCAUCAUCUCCGAACUUCCUCUGGAUGCACUCCUUGAUUUUGGCUCCACACUGGUAAAAGGAUCAUCGAAGGUGUCUGUGCUAUCUCCAAAGCCUGAGUUUGAGUAUUUAUCUCCUUCUGCAGGAGGCACAAAAUUAUCAUCAAAACUGGCAAAUGAGGUUUCUGACUCCGUUCUCUCCUGGCGUCCAGAAGUUUGUUUGGAGGAAAUACUAACAGAACUAAAAUCAUCUGUAAAAGGUGACUUGUGUGCCUCUAUCUGCUUCCUCUGUGGUCGUGGACUUGUAUAUCUCUGUGGGGUAGGAGAAUUGACAGGUGUAAUGCUCUUCUCACUCAAGGUAGCAGCCGAGAAAUCAUCGUCGAACUUGGCAUCAAAAGUGGGUUCGAAGUUGUCAUACUCACUAAUCUCAGGGCUUCUAAAAACUGUCACACAUUCGAGAUCAUGGUUUGGUGGAUGCCACUCUUUGUCCUUCUCCAGCUCACCAAUUUCACCGUCAUCACUGAGAGAUGAUUUUCGAUCAAGGGAAUCUUUCCUGAGAUCACUCUCAAAGUUUGCUUUGAAAGUGCCAGAUGAAACUUCUGAAACUUCUUCAUCCAUGGAAUUCUGUGGUGUCAAAAAGUUUUCAUCAAAAACUGACUUUUGUUUGUUCACUGUUGUUGAAAGUUCUCUGAAUACAGCAUAUCUGUCUUCACUGACUGCUCUAGAUCUUCUACCAGACUGCUCUCCAGAAGACAUUCCAUGUGUCUGGAUAUCUUCCUUGGCCUGGUUUUCAAGAUCACCUCCCUGUCUCAGCUGCAGCUGGGCUAAGCAAGCAGCUAACUCUACUACAGUCAUCCUGGCUAACUGUUCCACUGGCAUGUCUAAGCUGGCUGCCAACUGGUCAAGACUAGUGUUAGCAAGAUCAACAGAUGCAGUGCUUUUCUGUAUAAGUCGUGGAGAUUUUCCUGGAGUUGAGGACUUACUUGGGGUUGAAUCCUUGAAGUUUUUGUUGGAAAUGGCCUGCUCUCCAACUCUGGGGAAGAAAAUUGCUCAGCAUCACUGUAACGGCUAUGUGAAGGCCUCAGUGCCAAGCGAGUUUGAGGUACUGGGGAGUGGUGGGGGUGGUGACUCAACUGGGGAGAGCCUGGGCCUGAGGCCAUUCUUUCUGGAGACUUUGAGUGAGGUUGAAGCCACCAGUGCAGAGACCUCUGGUGGGAUCACCCCCGGCUGUGUUCGCGGAGAACUUGGCGCUGAUGCCUCACCGUCACCCAACUCCCGCAAAACUCGUUUUGCUGGUUUCCGCAUUUCACUAAAGAAAUCUCGUGGGGGCGACUUAGUCACAUCAGGGAAGUUCACAGGGAACUUGGCAAAGUCUCCUGAGCUAACAUCCUGUGUGCUCCCAGGAGUUGUUGAUGCUGUGUGCUGGUGCUGCUGCAGCACUGCACCAUGGUGCGAGUCGUGCCUGCUACGACCUGAGACUGGAGGGGGAGCCAGAGGGGCUGGCGUGGGUGCAGUGCUUGCUGUGAUCCGGGGUUUGCUCGUGUCCGUUGAGGCAAAGGUAAGUGUAGCUAUGAUCACUGAGAGUGAGCAAAUGCCCCUUUGGGAUUCCUUAAGCCAAACCUUUGCCUCAAAGGACCGGCAAAAACCCCCAUCACAGCAAGCACGACCCCCCCGCCCCUCUGGUCCCCCCCCUUCAGGGCUAGCAGGCACACCGCACCAUGGUGCAGUGCUGCAGCGCACCAGACACAGCAUCAACCCAAUCCGGGAGCACACAGGGUUUGUGAAGGGCAAGAAUCUGAAACAAGGGUGCGUGAACAUUCACCCGGCGGACGAGUUGACGCACAAUUUCUUUAGUGAAAUGCGGAAACCAGCAAAACGAGUUUUGCGGGAGUUGGGUGACGGUGAGGCAUCAGCGCCAAGUUCUCCGCGAACACAGCCGGGGGUGAUCCCACCAGAGGUAUCUGCACUGGUGGCUUCAACCUCACUCUACUCAACAACCUCAAGAUCAGCCAGUGUAACUGCCACCAGGCCAACAACAUCGACAAACACUACUCCAAUUCACAGUACUUCUGUCCCCUCUCAUCCUUUCACUGAGUCAUUUAGUCCCCCAGAUUCAUUUGGCCCUGAUGACUUUCAAUUUCACCAGAACACAGAAAAAGAUUUCUACGAUGCCACAAAUUUCUCCUCUUCAGGAUUUGCUGAUUUUAAUACAUUUCAUAAUGAUUCCCCAAGGAGUCAGAGGUCAGAGAUGUCCAGCAGCAUACCAGAUGAACCUCCCCCUCCCUUGCCUUGUGGGCCUCUAACGGUGGCUCUUCCCCCAGAAUCCUUCAGAGACAGUCCUCCACCAUUUUCUCCACCACCAGUACCAAAGUCUCCAGAAAGAAUGGCCUCAGGCCCAGGCUCUCCCCAGUUGAGUCACCACCCCCACCACUCCCCAGUACCUCAAACUCGCUUGAGUAAACAGAUUAUGGCUUCAUCUAUCAGCCCCAAAACAUUGCCUCGAAGUCACAAAUUUAGGAAACAGUCAAGUUUUGAGAAUGAGUGGAAUGUAGGAGAUACAAGUCAUUUGAAAUCCUUCACGAGUGGAGAACUAACUCCCCCAACACCUCCACAGCUACAUAGUGAAGGAGGCCUUAGCCCAAGACCAAGGCCUCGUUCUCACCUGUCGAAGCAGCUGAGUGCCAGUUCAGCUACCUUGGCACUGAGGCCUUCACAUAGCCGUUACAGUGAUGCUGAGCAAUUUUCUUCCCCAGAGUUGGAGAGCAGGCCAUUUCCAACUGAUGGCCUCAACCUCAGCUAUGAGGAGGCUCCAAAACCACCCCCUAGACCAGCACACAUUGAGCCUCCACCACUUCCACCCAAGAGGCAACCCACUCAUGUUGUUUUGAGACCUCCACCUCGACCUCCCCCAUCAUGUGACCCACAUUAUAAUUAUAUUAAUGAAUACGAUUCUUCACCUGAAGGAUCCAAUACUCCACCCAUACCCAUUCCAGCCCGGAAACCUCGAUAUCCAGACUCAGCAGCUCAGCCAGCUUUUAUACCAAGCCGAUCCACAAAGCCCUCCCAUCCAGAUAGUUUCCAAUUCCCCAAACCUAGUUUGAGUCCAACACAUGACGUUGGGAGAAAUAUGUACGAUGUUGGGGGAGCCGUACCAAAAACUUCAAGGGAUUCAACCCCAAGUAAGUCCUCAACUCCAGGAAAAUCUCCACGACUUAUACAGAAAAGCACUGCAUCUGUUGAUCUUGCUAACACUAGUCUUGACCAGUUGGCAGCCAGCUUAGACAUGCCAGUGGAACAGUUAGCCAGGAUGACUGUAGUAGAGUUAGCUGCUUGCUUAGCCCAGCUGCAGCUGAGACAGGGAGGUGAUCUUGAAAACCAGGCCAAGGAAGAUAUCCAGACACAUGGAAUGUCUUCUGGAGAGCAGUCUGGUAGAAGAUCUAGAGCUUCAAGUAGAGAUCACAGUAGAGACCGAUUUGCUUUUGAUGAGGAUGAAAUGUUUGCAAAAUUUGAUGCGCAGUUUCCAAAGAGCCCAGUGGAGCCCCCAGAAUUUGGUGUUACAAGUAAUCAGCAGUCAACACAUGCUGUUGGAGCACCAGUCAGUGAAGACAGAUAUGCUGUAUUCAGAGAACUUUCAACAACAGUGAACAAACAAAAGUCAGUUUUUGAUGAAAACUUUUUGACACCACAGAAUUCCAUGGAUGAAGAAGUUUCAGAAGUUUCAUCUGGCACUUUCAAAGCAAACUUUGAGAGUGAUCUCAGGAAAGAUUCCCUUGAUCGAAAAUCAUCUCUCAGUGAUGAUGGUGAAAUUGGUGAGCUGGAGAAGGACAAGGAGUGGCAUCCACCAAACCAUGAUCUAGAAUGUGUGACAGUUUUUAGAAGCCCUGAGAUUAGUGAGUAUGACAACUUCGAACCCACUUUUGAUGCCAAGUUCGACGAUGAUUUCUCGGCUGCUACCUUGAGUGAGAAGAGCAUUACACCUGUCAAUUCUCCUACCCCACAGAGAUAUACAAGUCCACGACCACAGAGGAAGCAGAUAGAGGCACACAAGUCACCUUUUACAGAUGAUUUUAGUUCUGUUAGUAUUUCCUCCAAACAAACUUCUGGACGCCAGGAGAGAACGGAGUCAGAAACCUCAUUUGCCAGUUUUGAUGAUAAUUUUGUGCCUCCUGCAGAAGGAGAUAAAUACUCAAACUACCAAGACUUUACUGGCAGUGGAAGAGUAUCAAGGCAAGACUCACAGAGAAAGUCACCAUUUGUAGAUAAUUUCAUUGACUCCAAAGGAAAAGAUCAGAUUGAAGAUAGUGGAUUCACCUCAGGCUUUGGAGAUAGCACAGACACCUUCGAUGAUCCUUUUACCAGUGUGGAGCCAAAAUCAAGGAGUGCAUCCAGAGGAAGUUCGGAGAUGAUGAAAGUUUCUAUUGAAAGAGAAACAACUCUCCAGCCACCAGUUGACACAACAGUUACCAAAAGAAAAAGUCCAUUUGAUGAUGACUUUACUAAUCGCGGUGAUCGUUACGAGGUGUUAAAGGAGGUUGAAAGCGAAAGAGAACCGUCUCUGGAAGGGGAGGUGAGUCGGUUGACAAGACAGGGAGAUACAAGGGGAUCUCCCUUUGAGGAUUCCUGGCAUGGAUCUCAGAGAAAUACGCCUUUUGAUGAUCAAAAGUCCAUUGGUUCACUACAUUCCAUUCAUGAAGAACAUCGAAACAUUCCACAAGAGUCUCCAUUUGAGGAUGACUUCAAUGGUGACUCAAGGAAGGCUUCAGUAGACCAUGGAAGGCUUUCUCGGACGGGCUCAGAAAACAGAAAAUCUCCGUUUGGUGACAGCUUCACCCCGCCUUCCUCAGGACGGGCUCACAGGAACAGAAUCCCAUCGCGGCUGAGUGUUGAAAGUGAGGGAAGUGAUGUUAGACAUUCCCCAUUCGAGGACAACUUCAGUUCAAUCAUAGGCAGUGUCGCCGAAGAGGUGACAUUUGAUGCAUUCCCCAGCCUGCCACAGGAUGCAUCUGUAACAAGUGAAGCUGAGGAAGUGGAUCCGUUUAGUGUGAAACUGAACAAGCCACCAUCAAAGUCACCUGAGGGUGAUUCAGAGAUGCACUUUGCAGAUUUUGAGCAUGCAUUCCAGCAGAAUGAGGGGGAAGAUCCCAAGCAGAGCCAUGAAGAACCAGCUGAAAGCACACCAGCUAAGACUAAGACACCACAGCCGGGCGAGGAGGUGGUCGAAGAGGAUAUAUUCCCAGAUGACGAGAUGGAGUUCAAGAUCUCAGCACGUUAUGUCACACCCACGCCUGACAUGAAGAAGUCAGACUCCAUUAACAUAUUCCGCCGGAACAGCGACCCCUUCGCUGAUGAUUUCUUUUGUAGUGAGGGUGAGGGCAACAAUGCGCCAGGCCCAGUAAAGCCAGAGGAUGACCCAUUUUGGGAAAAACCCUUUGAUAAUUUUUCCUUUCCUGUGGAUCAGUAAUAUAGAAACUCAUUACUGAAAUAUUAAUGCUCAGAAUAUACUAUUAAUACUGUUGAAGUAAAUAGCAGUUUGGAACAUUGAGUUUAAUGUAUUAAAAGCGUAUAUGAAAAUGAUAAAUUGUAUUAUUUUUUGGGUCAAAUGUCACAUAUUGUAUCAUGUCACAAACAUAUUCACAAGACUUUCUGAUUAUUUUUUAUUAGAUUGAUGAUGAAUUAGUGUAUAUAAAAGCCAGACAUCUUACCAAUGAUAUUGCCAUAUGUAGACUUAACUUUCAUUGUACAAUUCCUCACAAUUCAUUUGUAUUUCUGCAAUUAAAUCUCAUACACUCAAAAUGUAUAUGUGGCAAGUGUAUGCAAAUGCUUUGGAGUAGAAAAUGAUAUUUUUUUUUAGUUUAACCAAUCUGUGAUCUAUCUAUGCUUAUGUUCAUCAUAAUUUUUUUUUUUUCUUCUUCUUUUUUUUUUUUAAUCUGAAAUUUAAUCUUUGACUUCUACAAUACUCAUUGAGUAAUAUUCUAUGACGAAUUCUCUCUGUUACUCAAAAUACAAUUUUUACACAGGAAAAGUAAAUCAUAUUUUUAUUGGAACUGUAGUGCAAUCACUAUUUAUUUUGUAGAAUAUGUUAAUGUAUGUACUGGAUAUGUGUGUGUAUAUAUAUUUUUUGACUCGUAUUCUUUUGUUGGUUUGAGAAAAUCACAUGACUGGAAAUAGUGUUGUAGAAAAGUUAUAGACACAAGAUAAUGCUGACUUUAUCAAAAACAGUACUGGAAAUGUUAGAUUUUUUUCUCUCUUUUUUUUUUUUUCUUUUCUUCCAUUUUUUUGGGGGGCAUGUUUCUAUAUGCAGAUAUUGCAUCAUUGGUAAUGUCAGCCUUUAAUCCAUUAGUGACAGUAUUAGAAAUCUCUCGGCGUCAUAGACACCGGUGAUUUCUGUCAGCUGUCCUGCCAUUGGGAGUGGGAAUCUGCUACAUGUAGUGGAGCUUCCCGCUCAAUGCGCUCUAGCAUGUUGCUAUGCGUAUAGCUGUACCCGGCAGAUCAAGUGGUUUGUUAUGAUGGCUAUACACAUGGCCCAGCAGUAACGGGUUAAUGUCCUGCACACUGGCCGUUUUUUGGAGAGAGCUGGAAAGAAAGAAAAAAUCCCACCGAAUACAAUGCUACCCCUCUCAUGCAGGGUGUCUGAUAUGUAGACCAAGUUUCAUUCUUUGUCUUGAUAAUUUUUUUUCUUGAAUGAUAAAAAAAACAAAUACUCUUGAUUAAUAUCCAAAAUUAUUGAUUAUCCUUUUUUAAUAAUUACUUCUACUUAUUUAUGAUUUACUCAUACUAAUUUCACCAAGUUCUGAAUAUGACUGUGUUGACUUUCCUAUUCUGUGAAAUAUAGCAUCUUGCACUUUCAGAGUAAUACAGUAUUAUAGUUCUCAUAGCUACUCAUUUCCUCUCGAACUGUCAGUGAAAGUAGUCUGCUUCAUUUCUUCCGUUUUCUUUUCUUUUUAUACAAGAUGCCAUAUGAUUGAUGACAUGCUACAUGUAUGUCUUAAAUGGAGACAUGUCCUUAGGUCACACAUAUUGAUAUUUAUUGAUAUUUUAGAUGGUAUUUGAUAACAUCACAAUGUUGAGGGAACUGUUGUUUUUUAUUGCCAUAUAAAAGGGAGAUUUCCAAAAGUGUAUACUGAAUAGAAGUGAUGUUUAAGUAAUAUAUUCUUUCAUUGAUGUGACUAUCUUAAUAAUUUCUUUUGUUUUCCUAAGAAGAAGGAUUUCACUAAGAUUGUUCUCUACACAGUGCUAUCAAGAUAAUUGCACAGAUCAGGAAUGAUGUUGGUAAUAUUUACUCAAGCAUGUGAAGAAUAUGAUAAGUUCAAUCUUUUUAUUCAUGACAAUGAAAUAUAUAAAUAUGUCUUUUUUUAGAGAUGACCUCUUUCUUUAAUUAAAGAGUAAAAAGAGUAUUUUAAGAGCCUAAAUUUCACAAAAUUUAAAAUUCAGAUAAGAUCACAGACAAAAAGAGUAAUGAAAAUUGAAAAAAAGCAAGUGCUUUGCAGACGACAGAAGAAAAGCCUUGUCAUAAAUUACAGAAUAAGAAAAUGUACUACUUUGCAAAUUUUCCUCUCUUCUCGCGCUCUUACUCAAGUCCCAUUCAAAGCUUUGUGUCUUUUUUGAUUUGCUUGAAUGAUGAUACGAAGUUACACUUCUACUAUGCCAUCAGAGAAAAAAAAAAUUACAUACCUAAAUACAUAUAAUAAAAAAUAAUUAAAAGAGAGUGAAAACCAUUUACACAGCAGUCAACAUUGAACUGUGUUAGCAUCUGGUAGUAGGCGAGCCAGACCACUGUGUCUCGGCCCUAACUAUAGUUGUUAAGUGUAUUCAAAACUGUAAAACCCAAACUGCUCAGGCUUCAGAUACUCUUAUCUCCUCUCUCUUGAGCAUAUGCUAAUCGCGAGGAGUUCAUUUUUAUAACCAUGUCUGAAGAUAGAUUAUUAAUUUAUUAUAUAGUUUCUGUACAAAUAUUGUAACUCAAGUAAUAGUAAUAACAAUAACAAAU